GGCUUCGAGGGGGCGUCGGUUCUCAUCAGAACAGACACGAGUCGUCGAGGCUUGGUCGCAUUUGAUAAAUUGGAGGACUCCAAAUUUCUCAAAUGCGACAUCUAAUGGAGGUAGCUCUACUGAGCGCGAGGAGCAGUUGGGAGCUGAUGGGUCUGCCAUGGAGCUCAUAGAGGACGCA